UAUAAAUUAUCUUCGGAGGAGGAGACCUAUGACGGUGGAGGUUGGUUGAUGGUGACGAUUCCUUCUGUAACAUAAAUAUUAUGAUUAUUACCAUUAUAAUAUUACAAUAAUUAUACUUACAUGACGGUACUGGGUAACGUACAAUGUUUUACUGCGUGCAUAUUGGACACAUGUAGCGCGGGAAAAUCAUAUAUAGUGUAGCUCUGCAAGAUGUGCACCAGAGACCGCGUAUUUCAUCUCAGGUGUCUACUUCGUGUUUUCGUAUAACAUACACUGUAGAUCCUAGGUUUACUUCUCUUGGAUUGAUCGUACAUGACAUGCAUAAGUAUGUAGACCUAGCAUUAUCGUUCGUUGUAUAGUAACAAUAUGUUGCACAUACGAUUGUUAGUGGGGAAAGGACCACUCUUUGGUAAUCCGGAACUGCUCUGCGGAUGACUUCUACGUGACUGUCAUCACUAUUGUACGUACCCACUCUCUUCUCCUGUCAGGCUUUCCUCACUGUCACUUUCGUCAGUGUCCAUUAAAAGGCGUUCGCGGGCGGCCCGGUUCUCCAUAUCAUCGAUAUCCAUGUCGCUGUCAUCAGAAUCAAAGUUGGAAUCCAUUCGAGCUCGUGCCAUUUCUUCAAAUGCUCUCACACUCAGCACUUUAUACGGAACUUCUUUCUCAAGCUUCAAAAUUCGGAAUGCUCGUUUUGGAAAUAUCUUGGAAGCUAAUUUUAGGAUGAUGGGAGAACAAACAGGAGUAGGGUUUGCUAGAGGCGAGGGUGGAGUCCUUGCGAGAGAUGGGACUUGGUGAGGAGGGGAUUUGUUGUUAAUUUUGGGAACAUAGGUAAUAAUCUUCAGACCCGUGGUUCGUUUAUCCGCUGGAAUGUUUGAUAUCUUAAAAUAUAUCUAGCAUUCCAGCAGCCGAGUGUCGGCGCCCAAAUGGCGGCCGGGCCUUGGUUGCUUAAACAAAUUUUUUAUAAAUAUUCAUUCCUAGAAAAUAGAUAGGAAAAGUGCCGCUGGGUCAUAAACAUAAUCUUAAAUAAUAAUAAUCCCUUAAAUAAAGACUGAUAAGGUGCCGCAGGGUCAUAAACAGACCCUUCGUGACGUCAUACCCCCCUCACCCCCGAGUUUGGACCGCCGACCCAGAACCGACUUGGGUUAGGACCGCGCAUGAGUCAUAACUGACCUGAGUUAGGACCUAUCUUACCCCCUCCCCAAAAGUGGAUCAGAUCCGGCCUAGUUACACUACUGAGUAUGUCUAAAUUCCUUGAUGGAGCAGAGAAGGGAGCGAUAAUAAUAUCGUUAGGAACAAAUGUAAAUCAUAAAAAUGUAAUAGCAAUUUGGACGCAUGGCGGUCUUCUCAGUAUGCAGGAAGCCAUCUGGAAAGGUGUGCCAGUGAUCGGGAUGCCUUUCUUCUUGGAUCAAAAAUACAAUGUGGAGAAUCUAGUAGCGAAAGGUGCAGGUUUACGUUUGGACUUUAAAGCAUUAUCAACGCAAACUGUAUUAAAUGCACUUGAAGAGAUAGUUUACAAUAAGAGGUAUAACAUUUGAAUAUCGUUGGUAUCCACUAUAUUAUAUAUCAAGCGACGCGGUAGCGUCGCGACGCCAAGUACAUAAUCAAAAA